AUGGCUGCCGGUAACGAUUUCACAAAAUCUAUCGCUGAAGGAUCAGAGGAGAUUUUCGACACGUGUUGUUCACCGUGUUCAGAAUCCGGAAGGACAAAAGAAGCGGAUAAAUUCUGUGUUGACUGUGGAUCAUAUUUCUGUGCUAAAUGUCUGCUGGAUCAUAACAAAUUCCCGGCGUUAAGAUCGCACCAGAUUUUAGACAAGUCCGGACAAGACAAACAAAAGGAAAACUACGAAACUGGAGUGAGCCUGCCGACAGAGCGAUGUUCAAUCCACCAUGGAAAAUUGGUUGAUAAGUUCUGUAAAGAUCAUGACGAAGUGUGCUGUGCAGCUUGUAUUGCUAUAAAACACAGGGCAUGUGUAAAUAUAGACUAUCUUACCGACAUUUCAAAGGGUAUAAAAGACAGUGCUGAGUACAAGGACACCAAACAUUCACUUCAAAAUAUUCUAUCCAAGAUGAAACAGGAAAGAGAAGCAAGAAACAAUAAACUGAAUGAUCUUGAGAAGCAAAAGAAUAAGUUGUUAGAAGACGUAGACAGCUUCAAAGAAGAACUGAUCAAGAGGAUAAAAGAGCUUGCAGAAACUUCAAAGAAGCAAAUACGUUCGAAGUAUGAAGGAUGUAAGAACGUCAUACAGUCAGAUUUAGAUACUUUAGAUACUGUUAUUUCAACAACGACAACGAGUGAAAAGAAAUUGUCCAGUAAAAACGAAGCGCAAUUGUUUGUGAAUAUUAAAACGAGCAAAGUUUCAAUAAAGGAGUGCGAAGCACUUUUGAGUGACAUGUCAAAAGUUAGGACAAAUGAAGAACUGAAGUUCACGUUAAAUCAAGGCCUGAAGAAAACUCUGGAUUCGCUGGGAUGUGUAGUUGAUGCUGAAGAAGAUAUUAAAGAAUACAGAGCAACAUUGUAUGGAAAAUUCAAGGUUGGUCCACAGCGCUGUGAAAUAACUGGUAUAUGUACCAUGGAUGACGGAACAUUCGUGAUUGGCGAUUGGACACAUUCAAAACUAAAGAGACUGAACGAAAGCUUCACGGUCGAAGAUCAUAUUCAGGUUGAUGGGAGGCCGUAUUCAGUAUGCAGAACAGGUACAAACGAAGUCGCAACAUUUCUAGAUGGUAAGAAUAAAAUACAAUUUGUGUCUUUGGGACAAAGAAUGGAACUGAAAACAGCAUUUAAUAUCGACAGUUCAGAAGUCGGAGUUUCCUAUGAUGUUUUACAAGGUUCCUUGUUGAUUUGCGGCGGAAAUCAAGUUUCUGUUUAUACAAAAUCAGGAGUAUUGUUACAAGCAUACAGUAAGGAAGAAACUGGUGACAAAAUGUUCGUGUCAGCUAAACAAUUGGCGUUUAAUACACAAAAUUUGUACAUGUUCGUCACUGAUGAUAGUGAUGGAAAAAUUAAGGCUUUGGUCAAGGACGGUAAGACCAUUUGGACAUUCAGUGAUCCCAAGUUACAAAGGCCAUGGGGAGUGUGUGUCCUGCCGGGUGAUAUUAUCUUGGCGAGUGGAUUAGCUUCCAACAACGUUUUACAGAUUGACAAAGAUGGCAGAAAAAUUGGAGAGUUGCUAGGAGCUUCAGAGCAGUUAAAGUAUCCGUAUGCUUUAGCUUUUGACAGAAAGAACUCUGGACUACUAAUAGGAAGCAGUUCAAAUAAAAUACACGUGUACACAUUAUCUAGAAUAUAAGGUUUGUAAUACCUACGCACAAUCAAAACUAGUACAUCAUUGACCUUAUGCUAAUGAACACUGACUUCUUAGGAUGGCAAACCAUAUUUCUGCAAAAUAUUAUAGGCAGUUUUGUUUUCGACAAAAUGAAGUUAUUUAAAAAUAGGAGUAUAGGUCUAAGCAGGUUUAGCCAAUUCGUCAUAUCAUAUCAAAUGAAAUCUGUAAAAUGAUCCUUCGGAAGCAAAGAAUGCAACCAAGAAGAAUAAUAGCAGACUCGGUUUGAUUGAAACAGUGGCAUUUCAUUCUCUUCUUCGAACUAGACACACUAUUUUCUGAUGUAUAAACUUUUGAUUAUUUUCAUCUAAAAUGCAAUAAUUACAAUAUGAUUUCGAUGUGUAAAUAACGACCAUAACUGCAUAUAUAUCAGAAUACACAAGUUAUAUUUGUCAAUACUUUGUCUCUCCGAGUUUCUCUCAUUUUUAAACAUAUGACAUUAUAGACACUGGUAUUAUUCUGGUAUUAUUCCUGCUCAAGUCUUUCUAAAGACCUAAGACAGACAGACAGACACAGAUGAACUAAAUUAUACGCUCAUUUUAAGACUGAUAGACUUAAUUCUUACAAGGGUUGGGGAACAAACGGUCUUUGAUGAGCUUGCUGUCAAAUAACUGGGAAAUUAGUUGAUCAA